AUGACAGAAGAAGAUGAUAAUAUCAUUGCCUUUGAGGAAGAUGAUGACAAUGUGCCACCAAAAGAAUAGCCAAAAAUAUCCACCAGAUUUAAACAUAAACAAGUGAGACAACAAGAGAUCAGCAAUGAAUAGGCCUAGGAGGCGAGUGAGGAUGGCCCCGUGAUCAAUUUUACUAAACUAUUCAAGACUAGUAAGGAGGCAGGAGCUACAUAGGGAAUAAAAGUUGAUUCAUAAUAUGUGGCUCCCAUGGCAAAAUCUCUGUUUCUUAAUCCAGAUGAAAAAGAAGAGGAGGAUGACGACCCUGGUGUCUUGAAAUUGGAGGAUCCUGAAGAUUAGCCAUUGCCUCCAGAAGAAGGAGAUGUCUUUAUCAAAUCGAAAUCCAACCGUUCCUAGAGAAGCACUCCAAAAAAAGAUGAAAGUAUUUUGGAUGUGAUUCAGAAAUACGACGGAAAAAACAUGGAAAACAGUCUUGAAUUUUCUGUUCAUCCCAUCGGAAAGGGAACUACAGAACAAUUCCCAGCCAGUUAGGAAAAUAGAGAUGAAUUGGUGGACACUAUCUUCAGUCAAUAAUUGAAGAUAGGCAUUCAAUCAACAGAUCCCAAAACAGACUUUUAUGGAAUUUCUAUGUUGACACAAAAAGGCAGUUUGUUUCAAAAUGCACUCAAAAUGUCAUUAAAACGUGCUUUCAUGACUCCCAUUCUGCCAUUUAUUAUAAUCAUUACCAUUCUUGAUUAUACAAUGACGUCAGUUAAUCAAUUUUAAUUCUUUAUAAUAUACAUCCUGAUACUUGCUUCCUUGCCCACAUUUUUAUGGUAUAGGGUAUAUAGACAGGAAUUAGAUUUGGAAUUCAAAUUUGAUAGGCAAUUAGUAUCCGUGUUCGAUUUCGCAUAAAAACGAUUCAGUACCAGAUCCAUAAUUAGACUAUUUCCUGGGUGCAUAGUCUAAUUAAAGAAGGGAGACAGAGUGCCUGCACCCAUGAUAAUUCUAAGUGCAGAGGGCCGUGAACACGCUCAGGUCAAUUUUGGAGACGACAUAAAAACAUAUAAAGUGGCUGCUCCCAAAUUGCAAGAGCCUGAUUUGACAUACAUUGAUGGAUAAUUGGAAUUCAAUCAAUUGCCAAUAUUCUCAGAAAAUACUAAGGCUCGAUUGAGAUUGGAUUUGGUAGAACCAAUUGACGUGCAACUGAACCAUGACAACUUAGUGGAGGAGAAUGGAAUUGUAGAAUCAUCCGAAUUGAUUGGUGUCUUGCUUCAUUCUUCCACUCGUUAAAAGUAUUUAAGAGAAGCCUUAUCCUUCAAUCUACCCUUGUAUUUAAACCCCUUGAAUUCUGAGUUUUUCAGCAUCGGUAUUGCCAUAGUACUCUCAAUUACAUUUUCAAUUGCAGGAUCUAUUUGGAGUAGCAAUAACAAAGAUAAGCAUCUUUAUAUCAGAGAAUAAAGCAACUAUAAUUUUAUAUCCUUAUUAAUUGAUAGAUUGAUAAUCUUCAGCAACAUAGUCCCAAUAUUUGUAGAAGUGUUCAGACCAAUAUUUUUAUUGUUGGCAAGGAAGAAGGUCAUUGAUGAUAUUGGAAUGGACCCUCAAAGAUCAGGAUAAUUGACGAAGUUGAACAGCUAUAUAGCUCUGGAUAAUCUAGCUAAUACCAAGUUUGUCAAUUAUGGCUAAGUGCUAAAUGAGCCAAAAUUAAGAGUUGGAAAGGCCACCUUAUUAGGAGGACCAUAAGGAGAGAAGAAAGAUCUAGAGAAGAAUAAUGACGAUGUUAAGUUGCAGGGAUAUGAACCUAAACCUAAUAAGGAGAUUAUGGAAGAUUAGAUUUAAGUUAAUUAAUCAACUGCCUUUGAGUAAAUUGAUUUAGAAUAUGAUGCUCAAUGUGAUGAUAAGGAACGUAGCACAUUUGUAUUUGAAAGAGCAUUAUUGACACUACCAUAUAAGACUUUGAAUCCUACUUAAUUGGCCGUAUAGAAAUAUUGUUAAUUGGGUGAGUGUGUACAAUUUUCAUAUGAUGACAAUCAAAGAAGUGUAUUACUACCAAAGGAAGUGCUAAGAACAUAUACAGUGAAAUUGAUUGUUAAUACUGAAUAAUGGGAUGCUUAUUUGUAUGAGAUGCCAUUGUUGGAGGAGAAGGAUUUGGAAUCAGAUGAUGAAGAAGCAUCAGAUUUACAAUAAUUGCAAGAUAGAAUUAAGAAGGAUAGAGAAUUGUUUGAGAAAAUGAAUAGCAAAAGAUAUAUUUGGGUUUUGUAGGCUGAUAUCGAAAGUACUUUAUGUAAGGAGCAUCCUCAAUUAUCACAAUUUAUGUAAGGAAAAGCCAUCUUUGAGUAUACAUUCCAAGAAUAAGAAUAUUAGAGAUUGUACAAGCAAUUGGGAUCAUCAGCUUUUAAGAGGAAGUACAUUCAAUUACCCCCAUUUGCAGAAGAAUAAUUGAUGACUUAAAUUAAACCAUGUGGAGUAUUCUAAUUCUAGACUGUUGCUCAUCAUAAUUUCCACUUGUUAUUAGAUAUGAAUCUGGCUAUCAUUAGACAAUGGUUCUUCAUUAGAGACGUAGAAAGAGAUUAAACUCUACAAUAUUUGAAAUAGUAUAUGGAAUGUGUUGAAUUCACUAAGGAUGAUUUACAUAAUGAAAUGAAUAGUGUUAAGAGUCAAGCUGCCCCAUUAUUCAAAUAAUCCACAAGAGAAUUCAAAGUGUUUGAUAAUUUGUAUAAGAUUGAUGAUAAAUUCAUAACUCUGAUUAUCAAUUAGGAAGUGUUGGAUUAAGCAUUGUCAGAUGGAGAAAUGAGAUCACAGUUUUACGAAGUCAUUAUGAUUGCUUCCUUUGUUGUCUUCCAUGAUCUUACCAAAAUUCAAAUCGAAUAACUUAUCACAUUUCAAAAGGAUCAAUCUAAAACCUAGGCUAUUGUAUCCGUUGGACUACAUGAUGAAGACUUAUGUUUAUGCAAAGUCAACACAAUAAGAGCAAGUGUUCAAUCCCAAAGUGCUAAAAACCCAUCAUUAUUUUCUGCCAUGAGUCAUGUAGAAUUGGUUAGCUUAGAUGGAUUGUCCAAACUCAUCUUGACUCAUGCCAGACAAACCCAUGUUAGAACUGCUGGAUUUUUGUUAUUCAUACUUUAUAAGGGUUUCCUCAUUACUAUGUGCGAAUUCUUCUUCUCAUUCUUUAAUGGGUACUCCAGCACAUAAUUAUUCACAACCAGUUUCCACUUCAUGUUCUAGACCUAUUUCACACCGCUAUAUGGAUUUUUGAUCUUCUCCUUCUAUUCUGAUGUCAAUCAUAGAGUCAUUAGAAUGUUUGCUAGUGAAUUCAUCAAAUGUCAAAGAGAUUAUUAUUUCAACAGGAAGAAACUGUUCCUAAUAUUCUUUGAUUCAGUUUAUCAAGGUUUCAUCAUAUUCUAUUUACCUGCUAAUAUUCUAUAAUAUGCCAACAAUUAAGACGGUAUCAUCGAGGGAUUUUAUUACAUUUCGUUGGUCUCCUAUUUGACAGUCCUUUUGACUACUCAAAUGUAACCAAUACUCUACUUGAGCACACUUUCAAAAGAAUAAAUUGUUGUAAUCAUGUUCAACAUUACAAUCUGUAUCUUGAUAUUAUUUACUACAUGCUCAUCUGAAACUUGGAGUACAAGCAUUGCACAAUAUAUUCAUCAUUUAGAAGCCAUUUUGGAUAGCGUAAAGAGUGUUUUCAUUGUAAUCUUCCUUUCCUGCAUUUCUUUGACUCCCACAAUCAUAUUAUAAUAAUUUGAGACUGUGUCUGAUUCAUAACUUAUUAGAAUGAUCCACUAUUAUGAGGAGAAGGAAGAAGUUGAAGAAGAACCAAAGCAAAAGGCUUAAGAACAAAAGCCAUCUUAACCAGUAGAUACCAAACAAUUAUAAACUAAGGGAAUGGAAUAAUCAAUUAUGAUAGAAUAAACUAGUUAAGAUUAAAUCAAUAUGUCCCAGGACAACUUGUUGCAGAAAUGAUUAUUAAACAUAUUAUUGAUUAUCUUAGUAUUAGUUUGA